UCACUGCUGUUGCAGGGUGGUGCCUGUCAAGUCGUGGGAAUAGCCGGCGAAGCUGCUUGGGAUUGUGUGGAAAAUGCUGGGAGAGAAAAAGCAGCUAAUGGUGAAAAGAGACCUUUACACAGAUCCCACGUUUCCGGCCAGUGACACCUCUAUAUUUUUUGAUUACUGUACCCCACUUGCCCAGUUCAGAGGAGAGAUAUCUUGGCUGAGACCUAAGGACAUUUGUUCUACUCCUCGGUUAUUUUCAAACAAUCUGCAGGAUGUUCAAGUGAAACAAGGAAUUUUGGGAGACUGUUGGUUCCUGUGUGCCUGUGUAGCUUUGCAGAAGAGUAAAUACCUACUGAACAAGGUAAUCCCUCCAGGUCAGCCCAGCUGGACAGAUGAGUCCUACCAAGGCUGUUUCACUUGUCGGGUCUGGCAGUUUGGGCACUGGGUGGAAGUGACCAUCGAUGAUCGCUUGCCUUGCCUUGGGGGUAAACUCUGCUUUUCCCAGUGUCAGACAGAGGAUUUGUUUUGGCUUCCACUAUUGGAAAAAGCAUACGCAAAAGUGCAUGGAUCUUAUGAGCAGUUGUGGGCAGGACAGGUGGCAGAUGCUGUGGUCGAUCUGACUGGAGGAAUUGCUGAAAGAUGGACCCUGAAAGGCCCUGGAAAAAACAUGGAGAAAGAGAAGACUGGCAUGGUUUUGGAGAAAGCAGUGUUUAGAAGAUUAAUGAGUCUGAAGGAACAGUGUGUAAUAAGCUGCUCAGUCCUCGAUUCCAGACAAGGUGCAAGCGAAUUAGGAGAAUUUCAUGCCUUUAUUGUCAUAGACACGUUGAAUCUGUCUGAAGUGUCAGGCAAGGAAAUCUUCCUGCUGCGAAUCCGAAACCCUUGGGGGAGGAGGUGCUGGAAAGGGCCCUGGUGUGAGGGUGGUCAAGGAUGGAGCCAGCUAGAUCCAGUAGUCGCUUCACAACUGCUCUCGCAGAUCCAAGAGGGAGAAUUCUGGGUUGAUGAAGAGGAAUUUUUCAGGGAAUUUGAUGAGAUUACCAUGGGCUUUCCAGUCACUGAGGAAGGACAGCUUCAGAGCCUCUAUACAGAGAAAGUGCUGUAUCACUCGCAGAAUCUCUUUGGAUCCUGGGUGAGAGGCCAGUCUGCAGGUGGCUGCAGGAACAACAGCAGCUUCCCUACCAACCCCAAGUUCUGGCUGAGAGUCUGUGAAACGAGUGAGGUGUGCAUUGCUCUGCUGCAGAAACACAGGAAGUACAGCUCUGACUGGGCUGGAAGGAUUAAAAAUCUGACUCCCUUAGCAGAGGAAAAUCUAUCCUUGACUGAAGGCAUCCAGUCAAAGGGGAAAAAUUACCAGGCUGUGGGAUUGCAUGUCUGGAAGGUGGAGAAGAAACGAUUUAACCUUCCAAAGACCCUCUCUGCUCCUCCAGUUGUAGGUACCAUCUGCCAUUCCUACGAUAGAGAAGUGCAUGUGUGCUGUGACCUCUCGCCUGGCUUUUAUCUUGUUGUUCCCAGCACUUUUCUCAAAGAUGCAGUAGGGAAUUUCUUGCUUCGUGUAUUUUCAACAGGAAGGAUCUCUCUCAGUGAGCUGAAGCCACCGCCCACAGAUGCUGCCCUGUGUGAAGAACUCCCAGCUGGUGAAUGGGAGACAGUGCAGCUGCAUGGAUGCUGGAAAAAAGGGGAAAGUGCUGGAGGUAGCAGGAACUUCCCCUCCUUUCAUACCAAUCCCUGCUUUCCACUCUCCAUUCCUGCAGGACCAGGAAAAAGCAGUGUGAAAGUUACUCUCCGUCAGCACUGCCAGGAUAGCAAGUGUUGUCCAAUAGGUUUUCAUAUUUUCCAGGUGCCUAACUGCAGCUGGAAACCACAGACUACUUCUUUUCUACACUUGGAGCCACUGGUGAGCUGUGUUCCUCAUUGCUAUUCGCAGGAGGUGAGCAGACUUUGCAGGCUUCCUGCAGGAAGUUAUGUCAUUAUACCUUCUACAUACCUCCCCAGUACAGAAGGCAAUUUCACAGUGGUCAUAGCAACCAAAAUAGACAGGAAACGCAUUCACAGCCUGGAGACACUUGGACAAGUAUUGCAAGAGAUUUCCUUUACAACUGUGAUGGAGAAGUAAUCUGGAAUUCUCACGCUGUCAUUUCAAGAAGCAUCAGAAAGCCAAGGAAUGCCUCACCUCUUGCUG